UUAACUUAAAAGUAAUUUGCUUGUUCAAUUUGUUGAAAUUGUUACUCAGCCUAGCACUAAGCUAGUCGCUAAUGCAAACUAGCUAACAACCCCAACCAUGAGCUCACUAAACUAUUCCUCCCCUGCUAAAGAAGAUGAUGUCUGCUGGGCGGAGAGAGAAGCUCUGGGGCUGAACAUUAUCGUGAAAGAGGAGGAUAUUACAGUAAAAGGAGAGGAAGAAGCUUCCAGAACGAUAAAGGAGGAAGAUCAUGUUACAUUUGGAGUGGAAGAGGGGAUAGAGGCUGUCACAGUGGAAGAGGAAGAGGGGAAAGAGGCUGUCACAGUGGAAGAGGAAGAGGGGAUAGAGGCUGUCACAGUGGAAGAGGAGUGGGUAGAAAAUUUCAGAAUAAAAAAGGAAGAGGAGGAGGAUGUUAUAGUGAAAGAAGAGGAAGAACCUUCUAGCGUGGAAGAGGAGGCUAUCUCAAUAAAAGAGGAGGAGGAAGACGUUUUGGGAGUGAAAGAGGAGGAGGAGACUGAAACAGAUCUGAUUAACACCAGAGAGAGACCACACUCUCACUCUGACAGCAGGAAGAGUACUUCAGGGGAACAAGACCUAGAGACGCCCAAACCAGUGAGACCACACCAGUGUCCCCACUGUGUAAAGAGUUUUAAGUGGUUAUGUUACCUAAAAGAACAUGAAAGAAUACACACAGGAGAAAAGCCUUUCCAAUGUUCCCAGUGUGAUAAAAGUUUUACCCAAUUAGGGAGCCUGAAAAUACACGAGAGAUCACACACCAGAGAGAAACCUUACCACUGUUCCCACUGCGAAAAUACUUUUUUCUCAUCAGGGGACCUGCUAAAGCAUAAAAGAAUACACACUGCAGAGAGGCCCUACCGAUGUUCCCAGUGUGGAAAGACUUUUAUCCAGUUAGGGAACCUGAAAAGGCAUUUGAGAACACACACAGGGGAGAAGCCCUACCACUGCUCAUACUGUGAAAAGAUAUUUACCCAGCUAGUGAACCUAAAAAGGCAUGAGAGGACACACAAAGGUGAAAAACCUUUCCAAUGUUCCCAGUGUGAAAAGAGUUUUACAGAGUUUGGGAGCAUGAAAAGACACGAGAGAAUACAUACAGGGGAGAAGCCUUACCACUGCUCCCAGUGUGAAAUGAGAUUUUCCUCAUCAUGGUGCCUAAAAUCACACAAGAGGACACAUUCAGGUGAGAAGCUUUUCCAAUGCUCUCAGUGUGUAAAGAGUUAUACCCGGUUAGGGGACCUGAAAAGACAUGAGAGGACACACACAGGAUGAGCCUCACCUCAUCACCGCUCCCAGUGUUGCAAGAGUUUUAUCUGGUUAGGGAGCCUGAAUAAUACACUCUGAAGAGAAGCUUUACCACUGCUCCCACUGUGGAUUUAAACUUACAUGGUUAAAGCAACUGAAAGAGCAUGUAAGUCCACACCUGAGAGAAACCUUAUCAAUGCUCCCAGUGUGGAAAGAGAUAUGAAGUCAAAUUAUAAAAAUCAGACUCAAAAAUAAAUGUUUUUUUUUUAUUUCAACACAUGAC